AUGGGCGUCGCCACUUAUCACGGCAUGGGCCUGCACAUAUGGCAGUUUACACCGGAGCUCAACUCGGAAUAUUAUCUCUGGAUCGGCAUCUCCUCCGAAUUCUACGUUACGAGUCUAGCCGGCUUCAAGUGCGCUCUACUCCUGCUCUAUCUGCAGCUCUUCGGUAUCAAUCAGAAGUUCAGGAUAGCAUGCUAUCUCACCAUGUUUUACACGCUUGGCUAUCUUACUUGCAACGCCCUUACCGAGUUUUUUGGUUGCCAUCCCAUAGCGAAGAAAUGGAAUGACGACCUUCCCGGGUGGUGUAUCAACAGAGUUGUAGUGAAUAUCAUUUACGGAGCUGGCCAUAUGACAAGCGACCUCAUUAUCGGUAUCCUACCCCUGGUAAUGGUAUGGAGAUUACAGUUCCGAACGACGAGGCAGAAGAUUGGGCUCAGUCUCGUGCUUAGCUGUGGUCUUAUUGCCUGGGCUGUGGCCUGUGUCCGCUGGGCGUUCUCGACAUAUGACUCGUUAUCGUAUGACCGGCCUUGGGGGGAGCGAAGGAGAGAAAGGCGAAAAAUUAGAUCCUCUACCAUCCUAUUCUGCGGCUCCGAUGAAUUCAGCUGUGCCUCCCUCGAAGCACUGCACCAGGAGCACUACGCAACCCGGAGCUCAUUCAGUCUAUUGAUGUUCGUAGUCCGGCCGGGUAAGCGCACGGGGAGGGGAAACAAGAUCAUCCAACAUCCACCGAUUAGAGACCUAGCUACUAGGCUGGGCCUUCCGAUCCACGAGAGGGAUACUUUACAGGAUGGGAUGUAA